AUGACGGGUAUCCCUCGAAUUAUUGCUGAACACGAGCUAUGGAUACCACCCGAUGUCAAGCCUGUUGUCCAAAAGAAGCGAAGUCUAGCACCCGAAAGAAGCUUGGCAGCAUGCCAAGAGGUUGAAAAGCUUGUAUCAGCUGGAAUUCUACGGAAAGUUAAGUAUCAAUCUUGGGUUGCAAACCCGGUCAUGGGUUACCAUCAAAUCCUUAUGAAAAAAGAAGAUGAAGUGAAGACCGCUUUCCACACGGAUAAAGGUAUCUUAUACUACCAAAAGAUGCCUUUUGGCCUUAAAAAUGCGGGUGCAACCUACCAACGCCUAGUUGACAAGGCUUUUUCUAGUCAAAUUGGUAGAAACAUGGAAGCAUAUGUCGACGAUUUGGCUGAGGAAGCCUUCAACCAGAUGAACCAAUACUUAGCUUCACUUCCAGAUAUCGCAGCCCCAGAAAUAGGAAAGCUGAUCUCUGUAUACCUUUCGGUUGAUGAAGAAGCUAUAAGUGCGGUUCUAACCAUCGAACAAGACAAAACCACCAAUAAUGAAGCUGAAUACGAAGUGUUGAUAGCUGGCUUGAGAUUAGCCAAGGAAAUGAAGGUUCAAAAGCUUCAAGUCUUCACAGACUCGUUGCUGGUGUCAAGUCAAGUGAAUGACAGUUAUGUUGCAAAGGAGCCCAACAUGAAGAGAUAUAAAGAAAAAUCUAAAGAGCUGAUGAACACAUUCCAAACAUGUACCAUCAAGCAAAUCCCAAGGUCUCAAAACAAGAAAGCAGAUGCUUUGAGUAAACUUGCUUCUCUCACCUUUGCCCACCUUACCAAAAAGGUAUUAGUGGAGGUGUUGAAAACUCCUUCGAUUGAAGAAUUGGAGGUUCAAGAUGUAAUCACCGAAGAAAGCCCCAAUUGGAUGACUCCUAUUAAAAAUUUCCUUAAAAACGGUGAGUUACCUGCUGAUCAAACAGAGGCUGAAAGGGUUAAAAUCAAAUCUAGGCAGUAUGUGUUGCAAGGUGAAAUCCUCUACAAAAAAGGUUACCUUGCACCCUUAGUGAGAUGUGUCGGUCAUGAACAAAGCCAGUACUUGGUCAAAGAGGUUCAUGAAGGGAUACGCGGAGCUCAUUUUGGAGCAAGAACGGUGGUUGCUAAGCUUAUGAAUCUUGGGUAUUUUUGGCCUUCCAUGCACCGAGACACCACCGAACAACAGAGAAAAUGUGAUUCUUGUCAAAUUCAUGCACCGGUCCCAAAGAGCCCCAAGCAUGACCUUGUCCCGAUAUCUUCAGCCUGGCCAUUUUAUAAAUGGGGAAUGGACAUUGUCGGCCCAUUCCCACCAGCUAAAGGUGGAGUGAAGUUUUUAUUGGUGGCCAUAGACUACUUCACCAAGUGGCCUGUAGUCAAACCACUCAAAAAAAUCACGGGCAAACAGGUCAUCGACUUCGUUUGGGAAAACAUCAUUUGUCAUUAUGGGUUGCCGGGAGUGCUGGUCACCGAUAAUGGAAAGCAAUUCGCUGAGAAGCCUUGUAGCACUUGGUGCAAAGAAUUCAGAAUAGCUCAGGUUUUCAGCUCAGUUGUGUACCCACAAUCUAACGGCCAAGUUGAAAGGAUGAAUCAAAGCAUAGUUGAAGGAAUCAAAACCCGAUUGGGAAGGCAUGAAAGCAAUUAG